UCCGUCGCCAGAACGCAAAAAAUAAAUAAAACCGAGAACUGAACGCUGCUAGAAGAAUUCGAGAGAAAUACAGACCGCUAUAUAUAUAUAUGUGUAUAUAUGUAUAUAUAUAAUAUAUACAUAUACAUAUAUAUAUAUAUAUAUAUAUAUAUAUAAAUAAGAAAUUAAAUUGAAAUUAAAAGUAUAAUAUAUUUACUAUUUAAUUGAGUUGUUCAAUUCGAAUUUGGCAAACACACGCAAACAUAUAUACACAUAUACACAUAUAACACAUAUAUAUAUAUAUUUAUAUUCAUAUAUAUAUAUAUAUAAGAGUCCGAGACGUGUGUUUUCGUUAAGCGGAAGGUAGCCACAGCAACGCGCAGCGGGAGCAACGAACGACGCGCCGACCAGGAAACAGGACCAACAGCAGGAGCAGCAGGAGCCGCAGGAGCAGCAGGAAUAGGCAACGAGGCAGCUAACAAGGAGGCCAACGCACAUCCACACACCCCCAAACACACACACACACACACAUACACACAAGCACAGAGCAAUUUACUAAGAUGUCAUGGAGAUAUGCGUCGCCCAGCCGCCUGGAAACCUCGGAACAGACGACGGGACGGCAGCUGCAGCGCGUCCUGCACUACUCGAUGGCACCCUGCCGGACACUACCGGGCCUGAGGCGUGCCGAGUGCGCCAUACACGAUGUUGACUGUGAUGAAGUCUAUCCGGGCAUUUACAUAGGCGAUGCCGCGGCGGCCAAGAACAAAACCUAUUUGCGCUUGGCGGGCAUCACACACGUGCUGAAUGCCGCGGAGGGCUGUCGCUAUGGCCAGGUGGACACUGGACACAGUUACUAUCGGGAUAUGCCCAGCGUCAGACGUCAACAUAAGGAUUGCUUUUUUAGAUAUAUGGGCUUCCCGAUGAUCGAUGCGCCAACGACAGAUAUAUCCCGUUACUUCUAUGUGGCAGCCAAAUUCAUAGAUAGCGCCAUCAGCAGCGGCGGCAAAAUCCUGGUGCACUGCCUGGUGGGCAUGUCACGUUCGGCCACCUGUGUCCUGGCCUAUCUGAUGAUCUGCCGCAAAAUGUCCGCCGUAGACGCGAUACGUACGGUGCGCAUGCGCCGUGAAAUACGACCAAAUGAUGGCUUUCUGCAGCAGCUGGCCGAUCUCGAUAUGGAGCUGAAACGCAAAAAUCUUUACCCCUACUAAAACUAUAACAAACAUUAAAAUUUUAUAAAAGAAAGCCCAACACAACCAAAGAUAUAUAUAUAUAUGUACAUAUAUAUAUAUAUAUAUAUAUAUAUAUAUAUAUAUAUACACACACACAUAGUAUAUCUGUGUAUAUGCUAUGCCUAGGCUAAGACAAACCGAAUGCUGAUAAUUGGCUGAAACUAAUAAAUUGUUGUAUUACUAAGAGUUAUAAAAACAAAAUUACAAACACACACACACACACACACACUAAUACGAUGUAAGCAAAUCUAUGAUUGAGGUAUAUAUAUAUAUAGGUAUAUAUAUAUUAAAUCUGUGGAUGUGGCCCAAACGUAUGCUAAACAGUUCUAUACUCACACACACACACACGCACACACUAGUGCUACGUUGAGCCCAAAUCAUGAUAUGAAUUGUGAUUAUAUACAUAUAUAUAUCAUAUAUAUAAAACUAAUCUGAAUAAAAGUUGUUUUUGCCUUUGGCAAUUUGAA